CUUUUGGUAAUGUAAGAUUAAAGAAGAAUCCUUUCGCGGGCAAAUGAUACUAGAUUAGUAUGCAAUAACCAGAAUUUAAAUAUAUACAGGAUUUAAGACACAAAAAUGUUUUCCUGUUGGCCGUGAACCAGCAGUGGAAAACGAAAUGAUUUUAGCUCACGUGCAUUUUUCAGAAAAGGGUUUGUGGGAGGAUAUAUAUAAGGAAGGACACUAACAUUACAAUCAGUUGUUAUAUUUUUCGCGUGCACAUUCCCUCUUUACCUGUGGUAGUGUUAAUUGAAGACGAUGGCAGUGGAUCUACAAUCGCCUCUAAUCUUAAUAAAACAAUUUAAUAACUUGGAAAUUUCGAAAUUUGAGGCUGAACAACCUUUUAAAACUCCCCAUUCAAAACUGAUCCACAUAAGACGGAUUACACCCGCCGAUAGUGACGCAGUUCUUGAACACUUACGGAAAUAUUUCUUUAGAGAUGAGCCACUAAAUUUGGCAGUGAAGUUAAUCGAAUUUCCCGAUUCAACAUGUGUAGAGCUAGAGGAAUAUUCCUUAAAAAGCAUAAAGGAAGGGCACUCGGCGAUGGCCGUCACUCCUUGUGGUAAAAUAGUGGGUGUGUGUCUUAACGGGUUGAUGAAUGGAAAAGAUCCGGUUGAGGAAGAAAGUGAAGAAUGUAAUAAUCCGAAGUUUGCCCAAAUUUUAGAGUUAUUGGAUUACUGUGGCAAAGAGGGAACGAAUGCAGUACUACAGAAAUUUCCAGAAGCGGAAUCUGUGAUGUUUGUCAAAAUACUCUCGACUGAUACUGAAUGGAGGGGAAUGGGAAUUGCACGUGAAUUAUUGGAAUACACCAGUAUUGGACGUGAGCAAGGAUGUAACCUUAUGCGAGUGGAUUGUACAAGUUACUUCAGUGCCAGGGCUAUCGCGAGGAUUGGAUUUGAACGCGCUUAUGAAUUAAACUAUGAUGAUUAUAAGAAGAAUGGGAUGCCGGUUUUUGUAACAGAACUUCCUCACUCGUCUUUUACUGUCUACGUUCAAAAGAUUCGAUGAUGCUAAUCCGUUUCUACAUCUCCGAGUUAUAGUUGAUUUAUGUCUCAGUACUGAAGAGUUGCUUUUCGGUUCAGUUCUAAUCAUCUCAUAUUUAUAUUAACUGCAAAUAAAUAUUUAUUACAGAUUGAUCUAUCUCAGGUUUUGGUCGAGCGAAACUUGCGCUCCCAAUCGAUGCAUAAAGCUGUUUAGGUUAAGAUCAAUCUUGCCACCCUUUGAACUCUGCGAGAUUGGGUCGAGGUUACCUUUUAAAAUAAAUUACGCGAACUUCGUG